ACACAGCCCAGCCUGGCCCCCGGGAGGGAAGAACUGCUCCAGAAACCACAGACACAGAGACACGCGGCCUCAGAGCUGCGAAGAACACGUCUGCGAGCUCAAAGGGGGAGAAAAGCAGGAGGUUAAAGGCAACAAAGAUACCCCAACUUGGAGAUUCCCCCGCAGCUGCCUGCAGCAGGAACCCCAGCGACCUCGUGCAGCAGGAGGGGAGAGAGAAAACCGGGACAAAAGAGAAGCAGAUGCACCCAGAAGCUGAUGUGCAAGAUAAAGCCCCUCUUCCUGCUUUGCAUACCAAGAGCCUCCAUCUGUCAGUGACAGAGGGUUUCAGAGGUCACCACCAAGGGACAUCCAAAGAUUACCUAACCAGCAUACAAAAGCUUCGAGAGAGCAAGAAGCAGAUGGCUCUAGUUUCUGAGCCCAUCCUGAAUGUGAGGAGGGACAGGGAGCUGGCCCUGCACCAGUUCUUGCUCCACACCUCCAAAAGCCAACCCAUCUGUCAGUCCCAGGCCUCUGGCAGGAGCACACAGGCAGGUGCCCUGGGCUUGGAGUGGUUUCCAGACUUGUAUCCUAAUUAUCACAGGCUGAGUAUUUUUCCUGGGAAGACUUUCCAAGAAGAUGUGGGGGUCACAGUGAAGACACCAAAGGGCAGUUUCUCAGAGGGACAGCAAGGUCCCCUCUCAGGAAGGCAUCUGCUGGAUGUCAGGCUGGGAGAGCUGCCUGCCUGGCUGGCCACCUGUGACUUUUCUCCCCAGAGUCUUCUUGGAGGAGUGCAGAAAGCCUGGAGCAGCUAUUACAAUAAAUACAUCAACGUGAAGAGGGGUGGACCAGCUGGGAUCUCCAUGCUGCUGGCUGGAUACUGCCUCCUCAGCUAUGGCUGGAACUACCAGCACAUCAGGUGUCAUCGCUGGCGUAAGUACCACUGA